GGAGGCGGAGGCGCGCUGGCACGGGUGAUGUCCGCCUGCCGCGGCUCGCCGGGUCGGUAACCGAGCGGCCGAGGGCACGGCAAUGGGCGCGGGCAGCGGCGGAGGCUGCUGGUUAAACUGGAACGAGGCGCGGCGUCCUCCCCGCGUUCCCUGCCCUGGGACUCUGACCCCGAGGCGAGCGGUGCUGGGACGGAGCCGCGGAGGAGCAGAGCAGGAUGGACGCCGCCAUGGAGCUGGCAGACGACCCUAGGUUCCCUCGCCCACUGGUGGAGAUGCUGAUGAGGAACUUCAGCGUGCCGGCAGCAUGCUUCUCCCUACCUCCCACCUCCCGGCACCUGCUGCAGCAGCUGGACAUGGCCCAACUCGCCAUCAUGGGUCUUGCCACCAUCAUGACACUGCUGUCGGUCGCAAUCUUUGUGGAAGAGGUUUUCUACCUCAUCCGCAAGAUCCGCUGCCCCAUCAAGAUGAAGACCCUCUGCUGGAGCAGCUCAGCCCCUACGGUUGUGUCUGUGGUCAGCUGCUUCGGGCUGUGGAUCCCACGCUCCAUGAUGGUGGUGGAGAUGGCUACCACAGCGUACUUUGCUGUCUGCUUCUACCUCCUGAUGCUGGUCAUGGUCGAGGGCUUUGGGGGGAAGGAGGCAGUGCUCAGCACCCUGAAGAAUGUGCCCAUGGUUGUCAGCACUGGGCCCUGCUGCUGCUGCUGCCCCUGCCUGCCCCGAAUCACCAUGAGCAGGAGAAAGCUUAAGCUGCUGAUGCUGGGGACUUUCCAGUACGCCUUCUGCAGGGCAGCUGGCGUCUUCCUGGGGCUGGUGCUGGCCACCGAUGGGAACUACAACCCUGCUGAUAUCUCAGCAGAGAGUGUGGCCCUCUGGAUCAACACCGUGGUCGGUGCCUCCACGCUCUUUGGGCUGUGGGCCCUGGGCAUCCUCUUCCGGCAGGCACGGCUGCACCUGACCGAGCAGAACAUCAAGGCCAAGUUUGCCUGUUUUCAGAUCCUCCUCCUCCUGACGGCACUGCAGCCCGCCAUCUUCAGCAUCCUGGCCAACAACGGCAGCAUCGCCUGCUCGCCACCCUUCUCCUCCAAGGCCAGGUCGCAGCAGAUGAACGUGCAGCUGCUGAUCCCGCAAACCUUCAUCUUGGCAGUGGUGACGCGGAUAUACUACCGCAAACAGGAUGACAAGCCAGGCUAUCAGCCUGUCUGCUUCACGCCUGCAUGCACCAGCACCAAGCCGUGAGCAGGAGGGAGCAACUGGGGUGCCAAGGGGCAGAAUGAGGUGAGGGGCUGUUCUGCCUGUACACCACCUCCUCCUCCUCCAACCCUGGGGAGCUACUGGCAGCAGAGGAGGCAGAGGGGAGAAGAACAUCUUGGCAUGGGGUGAAAGGGUCCAAAACCUGAAAGCUACGAGCCAAAGGGAUCUGUGAAGCUGCCUCCAGCCUGGGGGUCUCUUAUCUGGCACUGAAUAAAGAUAAGUUUGUACCUGA